AAACUGGCACAUAGUUGAGGUGGCCUAAUUCAAAGACGCUAAAGUCGAGGGUGGUUCCGUACAUUUUUACCAUCUCAAAACCAGCAAACGGGGAAGAAACCGAAGCAAGAGGCGCGCGAACGCGAUGGACCCCUCAUCGUCGUCGUCGUCCGCGGCGAUCGAGCCCAAUAGUGGCGUCGGGGCGGCCUCCGCCGCCGGGGGCAGCCGCCGUCGCCGGCGGCGGAGCGGCGGCGGGUUCCCUCCGCCUCCACCUCCGCCCACGGCGGCGGCGGCGGAGGAAGGCGAUUGGGAUGUGUGGGAAGCGGUGUACGGGAACAACCCGGCGCAUGAGGCGCCGGAGCAGGAGACGGAACCCGGCGACAUCCGGCGAGCGCGGAUCUCGGUGCUGGCGCUGAUGAAGAUGACGCUGGACGCGCUCUCCGGCGGGUUGGACAAGAGAUGGGGGGUCGUGCAGGGCAGGGUCGUCGGCGACGCCAUCGUCGUCAUGGAUUCCUUCCACGUCCCCGGCUUUGGCAUCGAGGACGAGGACGAGGACGAGGACGAGGACGAGGACGAGGAAGUGGACGGGAGCGACUUAAAGUACUUCGACGCCUACAUCAGCUCCACGGAGCAGGGUGGGAGGUCCGAUGUUGUGGUUGGCUGGUACCAUUCCCAUCCUGGUUAUAGCUGCUGGCUGUCGACCUAUGAGAUUUUAACUCUGGACAUCAUUCUGGAAGAUAAAGUGCGGUCCCUGGCCAUCAUGAUCGAUUCUAUGAGGACAGUUUCUACUGGAAAGGUGGAGAUUGGAGCAUUUAAGAUAUUUGGGCCUGUCUUCAACAACAAGAUAUCUCCGCUCGACAGGUUUGAAGAAUGUAGCAUUUUUCGUAAACAUGACUAUGCUCUUGAUAUAACAUAUUUCAUGUCCUCCUUGGACUCCCAUCUAUUGAACCUACUUCGGAACAAGUACUGGGUGAACUCAUUUUCUUCGUCUUCGCUUUUGGCUAACUGGGACUAUGCUGCUGAACUAGUUUUUGACUUGGCUGAGAAACUGGAGGAGGCAGAAGAUCAAAUGGAUCACACAUUUCUCGAGUCAUCCCACCUGGAAAAAGAGCAAGAGGAAUCUCAGCUUGCUAAGAUAGCUCGAGAUAGUGCGAAGAUUGCUGAAGAACAGGUUCACAGACUCAUAUUACAGGGAAUCGAGUGGGCCUUAUCUCUUUGUGAUUCGCGUUUGUCCAUAAACCGAAUGAAUCUCAACACUUGGAAUUAUGAGGAAUGUGGCAUUAUCAGCAUUGCGUCGAAUACAAGGAUUGAGAAGAGCUUUCUUUUGGAAAAGAAGUUCCAACAUUAGUGGGGGAUCCUGCUUGAUGCAGAGAGGGUAUGUAAGAGCAGGAGAGGAGGGCUAGCGAGUGAAGAUAUGGAACCCAUGAUUACGACAUUUCUAACUAAGCGGCAGUGGCUAUUUUUUCAUUUUUUGUGGAGCCUUAAGUUGUAAUUGAAUAAACUGAUAAUUUUUACUAUGUAUGGGGAAAACCAUUGAAGGAAAGAAGUUCAUUUAGGUCAUUUUCUCAAUAGUGGAAAAAUGUGCUCGACACGAGAGAUUUUCAAGUGCGGAAUUUCACAUUUGUGGGAAACGAUAAAUUCACAACAUUUUGGACUGACGCUUGGCUUGGAGAUACGUAGUUUGCCAACACAUUUUCCGACAUCUAAGUCAAAGUUGUACAGAAAGAUAUACAGGUGAAGGACUGAUACUCUAAUAGAGGGUGGAGGUGGAGCUACAUACUUGAGGGGUAUGAAACCAGAUAAUUAAAGGAGUCGAUCCGACCGGAGCAGCUUAAGGGCUCUGCUCGUCGAUUAUUCCUUGACUGAUAGAAGUGAUUCGGUCUAAGUGGAAGUGGGCCCCCAAUCAACCCGUCGCCGCAAAUUCUUUUUACGACAAAGGGACGAAGGAUAUUAAAGCUUCAUUGAUUUGGAAAAAAAAAAAAAAAAAAAAAACGGUGAAUGUGAAGAACUUCGGGUGGUCCUGAUAAGAAAGGUUUCCACGAUAGGUAAUCUGCUCAAAAGAAUAUGAACUAGAGGCCAAGGUUGUGUUUUGUGUCACAAUGGUGAUUGAGCUUGUAGAUUGCCUGCUCCAGGGUUGCUCUAAUUCCUGUAAAGUAUUCUCACCACUGAUCGCAAGCACAGGGUUUGAGUAGCUUUGGUCGGAGAAGAGAAGAGUGGAUGUACAAUGAGCGGUAGUCUUAACAAGGGGUUCGACUAUUUUGGCCUGCUGCAUGGUGGGGUAUGUGGCUGACACGGAAUAAUGCCAUCUUCACACUCGGAAUGAGCACGAGGCCCGAAAGCAGCUACAGUUUGAGAUUGGCUUCUUGUGGUGUGGGCGUCAUAGGUGGAAAAUAUUGUACGGCUCUAUAGGAGCUUGAAAGAAAUUUUUAUUUUUAUUUUUAUUUUUAUUUUUUCUGCGA